AUGACCGACUUAGAAUCUCAGCAACCCCAAGACCACACGCUUUUCGUCGGCAACGACGCUCCUAAGGGAGACAAUGUCACUCGUAUUAUGCACGACGACGAAUAUGUCCAUUUCGGAAACGAACGGUACUUGAAGUCCGAGUUGGCUCAGGCGUUUGGUGGUACGCUUAACCCUGGUUUGAGUCCUCCACCAAAGCACAACUUGGCCAACCCUGCUCCUUUGGGGUUGAGUGCUUUCGCCUUGACGACUUUUGUCUUGUCCUUGGUCAACUGUGAAGCCCGUGGUGUGACGAUUCCAAAGAUUGUGGUUGGCUUGGCCUUUUUCUACGGUGGUGCUGCGCAGUUUGUUGCUGGUAUGUUUGAAAUGGCCGUGGCCAACACUUUUGGUGCGGUGGCCUUGUCUUCUUUCGCAGGUUUCUGGUGCUCGUGGGCGGCUAUUGAAACAGACACCUUUGGCAUUGUGGCGGCGUACGGAACAGACGAAACGGAGCUCCGGUAUGCGCUAGGUAUUUUCAUGGUGGGCUGGUUUAUCUUCACGUUUUUCUUGUGUGUGUGCACUUUGAAGUCCACCCUUGCGUUCUUCUUGUUGUUUUUCUUCUUGGACAUUACGUUUUUGUUAUUGGCCAUUGCCCAGUUUAAGAACUCGGUGUCUGUCAAGAAGGCUGCGGGUGUUUUCGGAAUUAUUACGUCGUUCGUUGCGUGGUACAAUGCUUACGCCGGUAUUGCCAACUCGCAGAACUCGUAUAUCACUGUCAAGGCUCUUCCUUUGCCCGACUUGCUGGCCAAGAGGGACUAG